UCGCUAUUGUUGUCUUCGCCACUAUUUGUGUUCUCUCCCGCUAUCGAAUCGUCGCUGUCUUGUGGGUUAUCUCCUGGAUUUUUUUUGGUGGCAAACCUUCGCUAUCGCCAGCAUGUGUAGUUACUGUUUUCCUGUAUCUGUUCGCUCUCGCUGUUAUGUCUGUUGUAUCUUCGCUAUCCUGUAUUGUCACCUCGCUUUCGUACGCUUUCGUUCUAGCCUGUCAACGCAAUCACCUUCUGAAUGCCUUCCUCUGUAUUCACCCAAUGAAGACAUUCGCCCAGCGUGUAGCGCAAUGGCACGGCGAGCGCGAUUUCAGUAGGAUCUGCUGAGUAAUGCUGCGCUUAUCGCGUCUAUAAGC